CACCCUGUCAUGACGAUCAGAGAAGACCUGAGUGGAAUUUGGAGUCCAAAGCGGCAUGUUGAAAUAUCAGCAGCUGGGUUCAAACUGAGACGGGACUGAGAACGGCCAACGGCCAACAGAGAUGUGGAUCUGAGAGCACUCCAUUCACUUGAAGAGCAGAAGACACACUGUUGUUGCACAGACCACAAGUCUAAAAGGUUUUCUGAUUAGAAUGAACUAGUACCUAUUUGGAGGCCAGGUCCAGGUAUCACCUGAUUUUAAAUUCAUUACUUCAAAAACAAAAUAAUGUCUGGAUUGUUGUCCAAACAGCUUGCUCUUCUUUCAAUACAAAGCAAAUUGAUAAAAUCAGAGACAGGGCCUUCUGUUUACAUAAUUCCACAGCAAGAACAACAAAUCGAUGAAAAAGGGUGCAAGAAAUUCAGUUUUGGGAAAGAGUCCAAAACUGUUAAAACUAAUCGCACCGUAAUGGUUCUCGGAGCAACUGGGGCUGGGAAGUCAACUCUCAUCAAUGGGAUGGUCAACUACAUUCUAGGUAUUGAAUGGGAGGAUCCAUAUCGCUUUAAGUUAGUUGAUGAGGAUCAGUCGAGAUCUCAAGCUGAGAGCCAGACCUCUGAAGUCACUGUGUACAAAAUCAACCACCAAGAUAGCUUUAAAAUCCCCAGCUCUCUGACCAUUGUUGAUACUCCAGGCUUUGGAGACACAAGAGGAAUACAAAGAGACAAGGAGAUCACAGAACAGAUACGUAGUCUCUUCUCUGCCAAGCAUGGCGUAACUGAAAUUGACGCUGUGUGUUUUGUAGUUCAGGCUUCUUUAGCUCGUCUCACAGCAACACAGCAGUAUGUGUUUGAUUCUGUGCUCUCAAUCUUUGGCAAAGAUGUGGCAGAAAACAUCCAGGUUCUGGUGACAUUCGCAGACGGCCAACGCCCACCAGUUCUAGGGGCGAUCAAUGCUUCUGGCGCCCCAUGUCCUAAAACAAAAGACGGGCUGCCAGUUCACUUCAAAUUCAAUAAUUCUGCCUUGUUUGCACAGAACCAAUCAUCUGCUGAGGAAGAUGGAGGCUUUAGCAAGAUGUUCUGGGACAUGGGGAAAAGAAGCAUGAAGAAGUUCUUUGUUGGUUUGGAUAAGCUAACACCCAUAAGCUUGACAAUGACAAAGGAAGUCCUCAGAGAAAGAAAGCAGCUCCAGAUCUCAAUUGAAAGUGUGCAGAAGCAGGUUAAAGUAGGGUUAGCCAAGAUUGAGGAGAUAAAAGAGACAACUGAACAACUUAAAUUGCAUGAAGCAGACAUCAACAGAAAUGAGAAAUUUGAGUUUGAAGUAGUCUUCAUGAAGCCUUUUCAAGAAGAUAUAUCUGGCACUGGAGGCUUCCUCACCAACUGUCAGGUGUGUCAUUUCACCUGUCACGAGGCAUGUGCCUAUGCCAAUGAUGCAGAUAAAAUAAAGUGUUCUGCAAUGGGACCAGAUGGAAACUGUACUCAGUGUCCAGGCAGAUGUCAUUGGAGUCAACAUUUUAACCAGAAGUACAGAUGGGAGUAUAGGGAGGUUACAGUAAAGCAAACAGUGCAGGAGCAGAAAGCAAAGUACAUGAAGGCCUCAAAGGCUAAGGGAACUGUUCAGGAAGUGAUCGCCCAUAUGAAGGCUGAAAAUCAGCGUCUUCAGGCUGAAGUGAGGAAGAUGAUGAAGAGGGCUGUCGAGUCUCUAAACAGACUAGGAGAGAUCGCACUGAAGCCAAAUCCUCUCUCCACUCCAGAGUACAUUGACCUGCUGAUUGAGGGAGAGAAAGCUGAGGCCAAGUCAGGCUGGAGUAAACGAGUCGAGCACCUGCUGGAGGUGAGAGGACAAGCAGAGCUCAUGGCUAAAGUAGGCAGAGGAGGAAACUUUCUUUAAAGCCAGGAACCUCUAACCCAGGGAGAAUUAAGACCAGUGCCAACUUAGACCAAGACAAGAGUUGAAAAUAAUAUCAAGUUUAAGAAGAUAUUUAACCCGAUGAUACUGAUCCUUACUUUUUAGUGACUUAAUAACCAAGGGAUGAUACCAAUCAUGGUCCUUGUCAAUUUUUCUUUGCUUACAAGUUGUUUUUUAACUUUUUUUUUCAAAGUAAUGUUGUUCAAGCCAUGUCAAUAAAAUGGAAAGAGUUUGAAGCCAAAUCUUUCCUCCAAUCAGAGUCCAUUGCUUGCUGAAUGAGAGAAGCCUGAGGCUAAGCAAGGUUGGGCUCAAAGAGUUCAGUACCUGCUAAUCAUGAGAGAAAAACUAUGAGUCUCGACACUUGAAAAUUAAAAUUCAAUAACUUUGCCAAUGUUUUUUCUAUGUUUAAACAAUUGUAUUUUCAGGUUCACCAAACAGGAGAUAACAGAUUAACCCUCUUUGUGGGAACACAUUUUAUGCAUGUACUGUUUGGUUUGCACUUUUGUUUCCUGUUAUGAUCAUUUACAUAUUUCAUGUAUGCAGUUUACAUUGCUCAAUAAAUUACAUUUAGCUGACGAUUUUAUCCAAAGCGACUUAUCAUGCAAUGUUUUAAAAAAAGAUUUGUAGCUUAUUGUUUUGUAUCUUCUCUUCAGGUGUAUAUAUAUGUUAAAUAUACUUAAUGUGAACACUUUUAAACAAUUAUACUGAUGUUUACUGAAUUGCAUGUUAUUGUCCUGUAGUAAUUAGGUGAGACAUGAAGAAAUUAUGAAGUGAUUAAAAAAUAUAUUGUAUCGUC